GCGGCGGCCGCCGGGGUGAAGAGCCGCGCGGCCGGGUCCCCCCCUCCCUCGGCGGCGGCGGCUAUAAGGGGGCGGCCCCGGCCGCCCGGGUCUUCCCCCAGCGGCUCGGGCGGCGCGACGCGGCCAUGCACGCGGCCAUCGCGAGACUGGGGGGGUGCCGGCGGGGGCCCCCGGCGCUGGCGCGGGGGCUGCGGGCGGGGGCGGAGGCGGGGGCGCUGCCGCCGCGGGUGCAGGCCUUCGUGGAGGAGGGCGCCCGCCUGUGCCAGCCCCGCGCCGUGCACGUGUGCGACGGCUCCGAGGCCGAGGGCGCCGCGCUGCUGGCCCAGCUGCAGGACGACGGCCUGCUCCACCCCCUGCCCAAAUAUGAGAACUGCUGGCUGGCGCGCACGGACCCGCGGGACGUGGCGCGGGUGGAGAGCCGCACGGUGCUGGUGACGGAGCGGGAGCGGGACGCGGUGCCGCCCACCGCCCCCGGCGCCACCCGGCAGCUCGGCAACUGGAUGAGCCCGGCGGCGCUGGAGCAGGCCGUGCAGGAGCGCUUCCCCGGCUGCAUGCGCGGGCGGACGCUGUACGUCAUCCCGUUCAGCAUGGGCCCCGUGGGGUCGCCGCUGGCCAAGGCCGGCGUGCAGCUCACCGACUCGGCCUACGUGGCCGCCUCCAUGCGCAUCAUGACGCGGGUGGGCGCCCCGGUGCUGCGGGCCCUGGCGCAGGGCGACGGCGACUUCGUGCGCUGCCUCCACUCCGUGGGGCGCCCGCUGCCCCUCGACGAGCCCCUGGUGAGCCAGUGGCCCUGCAACCCCGAGAAGACGCUGGUGGCCCACGUGCCCGACCGGCGCGAGAUCAUCUCCUUCGGCAGCGGCUACGGCGGCAACUCGCUGCUGGGCAAGAAGUGCUUCGCCCUGCGCAUCGCCUCCCGCCUGGCCCGCGACGAGGGCUGGCUCGCCGAGCACAUGCUGAUCCUGGGCAUCACGGACCCCGAGGGGCGGAAGAAGUACGUGGCGGCCGCCUUCCCCAGCGCCUGCGGCAAGACCAACCUGGCGAUGCUGACGCCGGCGCUGCCGGGCUGGCGCGUGGAGUGCGUGGGCGACGACAUCGCCUGGAUGAAGUUCGGCCCCGACGGCCGGCUGCGGGCCAUCAACCCCGAGAGCGGCUUCUUCGGGGUGGCGCCGGGCACGUCGCUGCGCACCAACGCCAACGCCAUGCACACGGUGCAGCGCAACACCAUCUUCACCAACGUGGGCCAGAGCAGCGACGGCGGCGUCUACUGGGAGGGGCUGGAGCUGCCCACCACCCCCGGCGUCACCUUCACCUCCUGGCUCGGCAAGCCCUGGAGCCCCGGCGACCCCGAGCCGUGCGCCCACCCCAACUCGCGGUUCUGCGCCCCGGCCCGGCAGUGCCCCAUCAUGGACCCGGCCUGGGAGGACCCGCAGGGCGUCCCCAUCGACGCCAUCAUCUUCGGGGGGCGGCGCCCCCAGGGGGUGCCGCUGGUGUUCGAGGCCUUCAACUGGCGCCACGGGGUGUUCGUGGGCAGCGCCAUGCGCAGCGAGGCCACCGCCGCCGCCGAGCACGCCGGCAAGCAGCUGCUGCACGACCCCUUCGCCAUGCGGCCCUUCUUCGGCUACAACGCGGGGCAGUACCUGGCGCACUGGCUGGCCAUGGGGGAGCGGGCGGGCGCCCGGCUGCCCCGCCUCUUCCACGUCAACUGGUUCCUGCGCGACGCCGCCGGGCGCUUCGUGUGGCCGGGCUUCGGCCACAACGCCCGCGUGCUCGCCUGGGUGUGCCGCCGCGUGGACGGCGAGCCCAGCGCCCGCCCCACGCCCGUGGGGCUGGUGCCGCGGCCCGGCGCCCUCGACCUGGCCGGCCUGCCCGGCGUGGCCUACGAGGACCUCUUCCCCGUGGAGCGCCCCUUCUGGGAGCACGAGGCCCGCCAGCUGCGCCGCUACUUCGACGAGCACUUCGGCCCCGACCUGCCCCCCGAGCUCACGGCCGAGCUGGAGGCCCUCGAGGGCCGCCUCAAGAAGAUGUGAGCCGCGCCCGCGCGGGGCGGCCCCACGGCGCGACCCACGGCCCCCGCGCCGCCCCGACCGCCGUCCGCGGAGAGCCUUCCUCGCCCGCCGUGGGCCCGCGUCUUCGCCAGUCGCCCUCCGCGACCUCUUGGCCACCGUCU